CGACCUUUCUCCACCCAUACUUUACUACUUGUUGUGUAUAGAUACGUGGAACUCUGUUGGAACUUACGAUAUGUCUUCAGAUCCAGAUCACUCACUUACUCACUACCACCAGCCCUCUAAGCGUCGCUUCGACGAGGGCAAGAGCGAGUGCCCAACUUCACCGUCCACGGAGCCAGAAGCCUCACUACCAGAGCCAAGUCUCUUCAGCAGCCUACUCUUCAACCGUGAACGAGUUUACCGAGACAGCUCAUCGUCGGUUUUACCUGCAACAAGCGAGCGUCAAUCAAAGGCGCAAGUUGUUGAAGCGUUAGGAGACAGUAGGAAGGACGCGCGGCAGAGAUUCUCACUCGUCCAUGCACAGUGGGAAAGAGAAGGACGUUCAGGCCAGAAUAGUAUGCUGGGGAUCUUGGCACGCUUGAAGAGUAAUCAAAUGGCACCAGUGAGUAAAGGAAGGGGGAAGCCUGCAAAGAAGAUCGCAACUAAGACUAAAGCCAAGGCCAAGGUUGAAGAAGACAAGUCUCGGAAACGACCAGCCCCGCGGGUUAGCGUCCAGCGUAUCUCCAAGUCGCAGAAGACUGAAUCAAAGGCACGCGAAGAGGCAAACACGAAGAAGAAGGUUGAUGGUUUGGGCGGCGAUGCGUCAACGAGACCAUCAGUUGGCGAGCCUAUGGAGAUUGUUGAUUCUGACGAUGAUAUACCCCCAAAGACCUCCUCGCGCAGCCAACAUGACGAGCACGCAUUACCAGGCCCAUUAGCCUCAAAGACCCUAGCAUUUACUGCAGAGAGCAACGACUGGAGCUUUCAGAAGCUGGACUCGCUCUCUAGCAAGUCAGAUUGGCAACCGGGACCUUCCCGCGAGGAGACUGGGCACACGAUACAAAGAUUGCGUCAAGAGUUGGAGGCCGCGAAUUCAAAGACUGAGAGUGUUGAACGACUUCUGCAACAGCGGAUUGAUGAAAUGAAAUCGAGCCAAGUUUACUCGGAUGAUUUGGCGGCUAAGAGGUUUGCAUGUCUACAAGGCGAGCUCAAAGAGGAGCGCGAAGCACAUCGCAUUGUCAUCAAGGAGAGGGAUCAAUUACUUAGCGACGUCGACAUUAGCAGGACCCAGUACACCGAUAUGGCCGCGAAAUAUGCAGAUUUGGAGUGCCGGUAUGAUCGUGUGUCCAAGGACCAGGACGCCAUAUUGGAAGAGAAUUGCCGACUUGUGAAGGAAAACCAGACUCUGACGGCAGUCGCAGGAACGUCCACCACCCAUCGCUCAACUCUAUCACCGGCGCCUUCAUCAUCAGCAUGCUCCAACGAGGAGAAGAAGACGGAGAACAUCCGGAGAACAUACGUCAAGGUGAAGAGACGAUUCGAUCACCUCCACAAAGCCGCCAACGACCUUGCAACGUGCACAUGGUCCAUAGACGUGAGCAAUUUCGGCGAAUUCGGGCAGUACCUCAAGCAGCUAAGGACAGCGCUUGACGAGGACAGCAGUCUGGAGGGCCAGUCGUUCGUGGUGCGGGACCAGAGUCGAGACAAGGAUUAAGUUGCGCAGCGA